GUUGAGAACGAUAUUACUUCUAAAUGUACUGACAAUGGGUCAUUAAGGGUAACUCUGUUGGGCCACUAGAGUAGCUGAAAAUAGUAGUUAAAUCUCGCUCAAGUAUUUCUUUAAAAUACAGAAAGACAAAUUUGUUGUAAUCCAAGGUGAUAUGUGAAUGGUUGCAAUUGGGAUAUCUUUGAUCAUAGGUACUUCUGUGAGAGCCGGCCUUGGGCUAAACAGCAACUUCAACGAAAAUAUUUCAAGGUAAUCGAAGCAUGAGCUGGAACGGAAAAUAUAAAAGAUGAUCUUAUAUUAUCAGCUUAAAAAAAAAAAGAUAGGCCUUACUGGAAAUGUAGUCCAGAUUAAACUAUCCUCGGCAGAAAAGGAAUGAUGAUUGGUAGAAUUUACCUCGGUAGACCUAGGACUAAGCACCAACAGCAACAACAACAGUAGAAUCUAUGCACCUACUUCACCUUCUUGAAUUCUUCAAUAACAGCCAAAUGAGCUACGGUAUUAGAGUGUCGUAAUUCAUUGCUCAAAUCACUCACUGGAUAUUGUAAUCUCUGAUCUAAAAAAAAUAUGGGAUGGUCAUGUCAGGAAAGCUUUUGAACAAAGAACUACUAAAUCAGAAAUCUAGUAAAUCUGCCAAAGAAAGCUUCGAACACCUGAAGACAAAAGACGCGUUGAAUGAUGUGAGAACACAAAAUCGUAAUAAAUAAGCAAUACAACAAUACGCAAGUAUUCUUUGUAAUUCUAGGAUAAUCUGUAUACAAUGUUACUUUUCCUAAGUUAUGAAAAUGAAAGAAUAUCGUGUAAUAUUUCAACUGACAUAACUGUCAAACAGGCCAAAGAUUAUGUGUCGCCGAAAUUCGGACUGAGUUCUUCUGCCUUCAAAGAACAACAGAAAGUUCUGGCCUUGAAGUUUGCUGGUUCUGAACUAAAUGAUUCAUGGAUAAUUGGUGAUCUGAAAAUUGUACCAGGUUCCACGAUAAAAUUAGUUUUGAAAACGGCUAAUCGUCCCUCUUUGUAUGUCUACUGUCGGUACAACAAUGAGACAUUCUCUAUUGAUAAUAUCAACUGGAUUAGUGAAAUGCAAGUUUCAGAACUUCGACAAAGAAUAUCUGAACACACUGGGCUUCCUGUGUCCGUAUCACGGCUAAUAAGUCCAGGAGGGCAGGAAAUGUAUGAUUCAUAUCGCCUUUAUGAUUAUAACAUAUUUAAUGGGAUGCGUGUUGUCAUGGAAACGUGGGAUGGUUGGAAUGACUUUCUUCAUUAUGCUAUUGCUGGUCAAACCAAAUCUGUUCUAUCAUCCAUUUCAUCUGACGAAGUUAUUGCAAAAUUUCAACUUAAAGUCGCUUUGUAUAUAUCUGCCCAUUUUGGAAACGUAGAUUUGGCUUCUUAUGUAAUGAAGAUGGGUAUCAGAUCAGAUGAACCAAUUGGAGAACAUCCUUCAAGACAGUGGUGUUAUGAACACUCUAAUAUCUAUUGCUUGAAGGCACCUGUUCACGAAGCUUCUUAUCAAGGGCAGUAUGUGCUCUUACGCCUUUUUGUAUCACAUGAUAUAUGCUGCUUAUUGGCCAAAGACGGUUUUGGUCAAAACGCUUUAGCAAUCAGUUUGCAUCGGAAAAUGAAACAAUGUGCUUCCUUUUUACUUGCCAAGCAAUGGACUAAGGUCCAAAUUUCCAAAGAAUUAGCGCUUCCUGUUAUAUUAUAUUCUAAAAUGCUACUCUGGGCAGAUCGAGCAAAAAAUCAAGUUUUACUCACUCAAGGGCCAGAGAAAUCAUCUAUCAAAUUAGGUAAUAAGAAUAAAGGUCCACUAGUUACAUUUGGUGUCUUAGUAGAUGGCUAUUCGCCAAGUCAAAUUAACAGUAGACCUAUUCCUCAAAAUAAGAAAUAUAGUCAAAGACUAGUUAGAAGUUCUUUACAUAUAAAUAAUGAAAGAUACCAUCAAAAUAUACAUUCAUCAAGAGGUCGUCGAGAAAAUGCGUCAGAAUGCUCAACAAGAAAACGAACUGCAAAACAUCCGAUAAAAUAUUUGCCCACAAAUGAACCCACAAUCAAAUCACCAAAUCGUAAACGGCCUGAAAAGUCCUCUCCAACAUUAUCGGCUGAGAGCAAUAGUAACUCAAUCCAAAAUCUUCAUAGUAAUACUCUAAAGCUCCCAAAAAUAGAAUUGAGUGAAAACAAAACAGACAGUGAAAGUGAACAAAUAAAAUCUUGUUCGAGUGCAGAACUCAAUUCAGAUGGUGUUAUUCCAUCGAUAGAAAAACGUGACCAGACACCUACUCUACCUAAAUUAAAUAUAGAAACGGAAAGGUUUUCCAGUGGUCUUCCAGUAAAUAACAAGAUUGAUAAAGUUAAAAAAACUGAAGAUUGUGGCAAAAACAAUAAGAACGAUUCUUCAUCUAAACUGUUGAUCCAUCGAUCUAAUAAAACCCAUAAAUAUCGCCCCUUUUUUUAUUAUCCAGGUAGCAGGGACAGGAUUGUCCAAGAAACAUUGGCAAGCUAUGAAAAGUAUCAAAACCUUCAACCAUUACAACGUGCUGCCAAAGCUCUUAGUAUUGCAGAAACAUUUAAGGAGAAACCAUUUCUUUUACGGUUAAAGAUCGCCAUGGCUCUUGAUGAAGGUCCAAUUAAAAGAUUUCCUCUUCCAAAGUGAUAAAACCAGAGCCAACAAAUAAUCAGAGAUAACUUAAAGGGAAGUGUCACCAAAGUAUAUAAUAUUAUAUAAAAUGUGUAUUACAUCCUUUGUCCUUUCACGACAAAUGCAAAUCCCAUGAUUCGUCAAUCAAGAACGGAUACAUAGCAAAAUUAAAACAACAUUGAUGCUACAGCAGAUAAAUCUGUUAUUUUCGGAUGUAAAAGAAAAGUAAUCUUACAUUAAAAUCUAAUUAAGAGACUGAUCGGAACAAACCCAGAAUACCGAAUUGUGAUGGUCACGAAGCAGAACUUUCCAUGAAAUGAGAAAUCUGACAAUAGAGAUCUAAUCUUGGAAAGAAAAUUAUGUACAAACUUAUAUUCCUUAUAAUCUGUGAAGUAAAUCUUAAAAUACAAUAUUAAAUAUGCAUCAAGAUUAUCAAGAAUUAUACAUUUAAUGAUGUUUGGAGGAAAUUUGACGGAAUUCAUUAAACUAAUUGAUUGCAUUUAUGGAAAUGUUUAUUGUGGUCUUGGAUCAAUGCAUAUGAGAUAUUCAACUUAAUUAAAUGGUUCUUCUCAAUAAUUUAACUUAGAAACGCGUGGCGACAAAAAUGCUUAGUGACAUUUCGUCUGUCUUUACGUUCUGAGUUCAAAUUCCGCCGAGAUCGACUUUGCCUUUAAUGCUUUUGGGGUCGAUGAAAUAAGUACCAGUUGAGAACUAGAGUCGACGUAAUCAACUUACCACCUCCCUCGAAAUUGCUGGCCUUGUGUGCCAAAAUUUGAAAUCAACAUUAAAACUUGUAAAACGUUGCUAUGGAUAAGAUAACCUCGUGUUUCAGUCCUUGUUUUAAACCAUUUCAUCUCACAAACUCCACUAAAGCUCUAGGGAAAGGAAUCAACGUCACGUCCUUGAUUCAUUUUUUCUUCAAAAUUCCUAAACAAAUCGAUAUCAGUGCCGUUGUUUUCAAUAUGGGCGGUACCGUAAAGUUCCAGGAGAGCCGAGAAUGCUACGCAGUUUCCAUUGUUAUUGGAAGUUGUACUGCUUCCUUUUAUGCUACUAACAUCUUUGACAAAGAUAUGAACGUCGUAUUAUUCCAUUCCUGUUUCCUUUAAAUAUGUGGAACUUUAAAACUGAAUAAAGCUAUAUUAAUUCUUCGAAUGAUGUAGCUGUGAUUAAACGCCUAGAAUUCGGAUCUGAAAGUUCCAUUCUAUGAUACUCAUAAAGGUCAUACUCCAUACACAUUAUUCUGAAUUAAUAGUCCUUAAGCUUUUUUUUUUUUUGUUUAGUACCGUCUUUUAAAUAUAUGUUAGAGCUAAUGCUUCCCACCCCCAAUACAUUGAACAGUAGUUAAUGACUUCAUAAUUUUAGUAAUACAAGGGAUUAUUAUGAAAGGUAUUACCCAUAUGAAUAAACUCAUGAGUAAUUUAAAAGUUAGUGAUAUUGAUACAAAUAUAUAUUCUAAAUAAUGAGCAUAGACAGAACUAAUUACUGCGAAACAGUGCAAACUUAAUGUAUUUAAUCUAUAAAAAAAACUGUUAAGUUUGUAUCAUUUAACGGCUACAAGGAAUCCGAUAAUAAUUCGCUCUCUUUAAAUAUCGGGUUCAGUGUUUAACAAGCAAACUCUCAAGUCUUUUUUUUUAAUAUAUAUUUAAAAUCUGUUUCACUAAUAAUUGCAAUGCCUCAUUAAAUCCUCUCCCGAUUAAGUAUGAAGAAAAACAAACAAUGAGCAAUAAUAUAUUUCUGUCAAAGCUUAAAAUACUUAUUUUACAUAUUAUACCAAAAUGGUUUUAUACAUACUUUCUUGGGAAUGUACAUGAACUUCAAAAUCAUUUUAUAAACCUAAUUCUUAGAGUAGUUUUGGAUGAGCAAGAACUGCAUCGGAAAGAAACAGUAUUUCAUUUCAACAAAAUCUUUAAGUCUUGUCAUUAUCUCAUCUUUCAGAAUCUCGAGUUGGGAACAGUAGCACUGUCACUAUUUUCUGUUAUAUGUACACUCAAAAAUUGCUGAAAAUCAUGUCCAACUAUUUUUGCAAAAUGUAAUUAUGCUAAUAAAAUGAUUUGUAAUUUCUUUUGUUUUGAUAAGAUUGAAAACUGUUUUCUUGUAAUUUGAUCUUCAUCUCAAUUUGUUGUAACUGUCAGAAAGAUAAGCAACGUCAAUCAUCUGGAUUCUUUUAGCUCAGUGCACAUUUUCUCAUCACAUGACCCAAAAGAUCAUAAAAUUUGAGCGCUUAAAGUAUCAUAAAUGCGUUGAAGGCAGAUUUCUUCAGAACUUCGGUACAUAGUAAACAACGCUUAAAUUGCUAAUAAUUUUCAUGGUAAAGUUUCUGAAAAGUACGGGUAAGUCAGCGAUGGAGCUCUUAUCAGAUUCACUGCUUUAAUAACAUUAUGUAAAAUGUUAUAUAGUCUACAGCUAAGAUUUUUUGAGGCUAAAAGUGCCAAUAAAUAAUGUAGUGAAUCACAAAAAUAUUUGAGUUGCUUCUUUGAAGUGCAUAAGAAAUUUACGAUUGUAACUAAUCAUAAAAGGUGCCCUAUGAGCUUAAAAUACAGUAAAGUUUGUGAAAGGAAUAUUUUAUUAUUAAAAAUAUGCACAACUACUGUACAAAUUGUAGACACUUUUGGUUAGUUUACAAUUUUUCGCCAAUAGAAAUCCUUGUAUAAUUUCUUAACUCAUAUUUAUAUAACACGUCGGCCAACAGCAAAUACUGAAUAUCACCAAAACAAAAUUGCUUCAUUGAGCUGCAAAGAAAAAAAUCAACGAUUUCAAAAUUAUCAUGUUUUGAUUUGUUUUUUUCCAUAUAUCAUUUGAUAUUUCACCAAUUCUUGUUGAUAUUGAACUAUUUCUUACAAGAAUUGAUAACAGUAUAUAAUUUUUAACAAAGUAUUUAUAACGUCACUUACAGCUGGUUAGCGACAGGUUUGCAAUAGUAUGAGGUUUUCUAAAUUUGCAAAUAAUUUUAAAUCUUCUAUGAUACACCUAAUCCUUUCUCGAGUUAGUUGGUCAUUUUGUUUUACAAUCAAAUCGUUAAUAAAUUUUAAGUGUAUAUUUUACAUCCUGAAAAA